AUGCAGACAAUAAAAUGCGUUGUCGUGGGUGACGGGGCCGUCGGAAAAACGUGUCUGUUGAUAUCAUAUACGACGAACAAGUUCCCUUCUGAAUAUGUUCCAACUGUGUUUGACAACUAUGCAGUAACAGUGAUGAUUGGCGGCGAGCCGUAUACAUUGGGUCUUUUCGACACUGCUGGUCAAGAAGAUUACGACCGUCUUCGCCCUCUGUCUUAUCCACAGACAGAUGUGUUCUUGGUUUGCUUUUCUGUCGUACAGCCAUCCAGUUUUGAGAAU